UUAAAUGGAAAACAAAGGCCUAUAUAAACCGACUCCCGCUAUUUCUGCCUCUCUCGCCAUCAGACUGCACAACUCAAACACAAAACGCACAUUCCCUUCUCGCUCUUUCUCUCUCUCUUUCGAUGGAUUCCUCUCCUUGCUCCUCCGUCAUCAUCAUCGGCGCCGGUGUCUCCGGCAUGUCGGCGGCGAAGGUUUUGGCUGAGAACGGAAUUCAGGAUUUGAUGAUCUUGGAAGCGUCCGAUAGAAUUGGUGGUAGGAUCCGGAAAGAAAAGUUCGGAGGCGUGUCCGUGGAGCUCGGAGCGGGUUGGAUCGCCGGUGUUGGUGGCAAAGAGGCCAACCCCGUAUGGGAGCUUGCCGCACAGUUGGGCCUUCGGACCUGCUUCUCUGACUACAGCAAUGCCCGCUACAACAUAUAUGAUCGGAGCGGAAAGAUAUUUCCGAGUGGAAUCGCGGCGGACUCGUACAAGAAAGCGGUGGACUCAGCGAUUCAGAAACUAAGGGACUUAGAGGCAAACUGUGUCGACGAUGGCUCAAAUGGAACCGAGUUACCUUUAACACCGAAGACACCAAUAGAGCUCGCAAUUGACUUCAUAUUACACGAUUUUGAAAUGGCAGAGGUGGAGCCAAUAUCAACAUACGUAGACUUUGGGGAAAGAGAGUUUUUGGUGGCAGAUGAAAGAGGUUAUGAAUUUUUACUCUAUAAAAUGGCUGAGGAAUUUCUAUUUACCUCGGAGGGUAAAAUCCUGGACAAUCGCCUCAAACUCAACAAGGUUGUCAGGGAAUUACAGCACUCGAGAAACGGCGUCACGGUGACAACAGAGGAUGGCUGUGUUUACGAAGCUAACUACGUGAUUUUGUCUGUUAGCAUUGGUGUUCUCCAAAGCGACCUUAUUUCCUUCAGGCCACCCUUGCCCAGGUGGAAAACGGAAGCCAUAGAGAAAUGUGACGUUAUGGUGUAUACCAAGAUCUUCCUCAAGUUUCCGUAUAAGUUCUGGCCUUGUGGGCCUGAGAAAGAGUUUUUCAUCUAUGCUCACGAGAGGAGAGGCUAUUACACGUUUUGGCAGCACAUGGAAAAUGCAUACCCUGGUUCGAAUAUUUUGGUCGUAACAUUGACGAAUGGUGAGUCAAAACGUGUGGAAGCUCAAUCAGACGAAGAGACGUUGAAGGAAGCUAUGGGUGUGCUUAGAGACAUGUUUGGGCCUGACAUACCAAAUGCCACUAAUAUACUUGUUCCCCGCUGGUGGAAUAACAGGUUCCAGCGUGGCAGCUACAGCAACUACCCUAUAAUCUCUAAUAACCAAGUCGUUAAUGAUAUUAAGGCCCCAGUUGGACGCAUUUUCUUUACCGGUGAACACACAAGUGAAAGAUUUAAUGGCUAUGUGCAUGGUGGAUACCUUGCAGGUAUUGACACAAGUAAAGCUGUACUGGAAGAAAUAAGAAAGGAUGAAAGAAAAAAUGAUAACCAAAACCAGAAUUUCUUGCUAGCAUUGACGGGGUCAUUAGCUUUGACUCAGACGGAUGCAGUCUCAGGUCCCCACAAAUGUGAUGUUCCAACCCAAUUAUAUCUUAGCGGCAAGCUUGCCAUUCCAGAAGCAAUCUUAUGACUAUAUGGACCUCACUUUGGUGACAUUGAUGGUGAUGAAAACAAGAAGAAUGAGAGGAAUGAAAAAUUGGGUUUGGAUCCAAAUGUAGACCGACCCCUUGACACCAUCCACAAGGUAGAAUGAAAGAGAAAGGGAAAAUAUGUGUGAAGUGGGUGGUCACGUCUUCAUAGAGCAGCUGCUAUAUAUUCAUUGCUGGUGCCUGGGCCUGGCUUUGGAAUUUUGGCAAAGGAACCAGUUUUAUUCUGGAGUGUGGGGCAAGGCAUCCUUGUAUCAGUCGUUCAGUGGAUUAAUUUGGACGAGAAAUGAUAGAUAGAUAGAGAAAAGAAAAAAAAAAUCACACCGCAGAUCCUAAAUUGUACCUAAAUGUUAAUAUAUAUAUAUAAAAGAAAGAACCCUUUGUUUUCUUAA